UCGCCUGAGAGCACCUUCAUUGGAUGAUAAACCAGAUUCACAUUCUCUUUUACAUUAUUUCCUGUUGACUCCUUUGACAGUAGCCUGUCGCUUUUGCUGAAAGAACUCAAAGAAGCAAAACGAGUCCUGCAACCACCAACCUCCUCUCUCCCUCAAAUCAGUAAUACCCUAUUUUACCGAUCAAAAUGCUCGCAUUCUGUUUUUGCUCACAGUGAUGAAAACGUGUUAGCAGCAAGAUUCCGGGUUGAUCCGAAAUACUUCGAAUUAUCUCCGGAAAGCGCAAGGAGAUUACAAAAUCCACGUCCUUUUAGCAUAGUAGGCUAGUAUACUAUUUUAAAGUGAAUUUGGAGGGGAUGUUGUCGAAUCAUAUGCAGAACGGGAUGCAGACGGCGAAGGUGAUGUGGUCGAAGCUUCCGACGGGGGAUGAAGACGACGGUGACGUGGCGGGUCCCUCCAAGAACAUGUAUGAUAGCUCUGUGGAGAGUCUCGAUUACGAAGUCGUUGAAAAUUAUGCUUAUCGGGAACAACAGGCCAAGAAGGGGAAGUUUUAUGUAGGAUAUUCAGUUGUGGUGAAGUGGUUGUUUGCUUUACUCACAGGCAUAGGAACAGGACUUGCAGCUGUUUUCAUCAAUAUAUCUGUUGAAAACUUUGCAGGAUGGAAAUACUCAUUAACUUUUCAAAUAAUCCAGAAGUCUUACUUUGCUGGAUUUCUUGUGUAUACUUUGAUCAAUGUGGCUCUAGUGCUCUCUUCUGUAUUUAUUGUUACACAUUUUGCUCCAGCAGCAGCAGGAUCAGGAAUUCCAGAAAUCAAGGGUUAUUUAAAUGGAAUUGACACACACGGAAUCCUGCUUUUCAGAACUUUAAUUGGAAAGAUUUUUGGAAGCAUAGGUUCAGUUGGGGGUGGUCUAGCCCUUGGUAAAGAAGGUCCUCUUGUACAUACCGGUGCCUGUAUUGCUUCAUUGCUUGGACAAGGUGGAUCAGCAAAGUAUCAUUUGAGUUCACGGUGGCUACAAGUUUUUAACAGCGAAAGGGAUCGUCGCGAUCUUGUAACUUGUGGAUGCGCGGCAGGAGUUGCUGCAGCCUUUAGAGCUCCAGUUGGUGGUGUGCUCUUUGCACUUGAAGAAGUCACAUCUUGGUGGAGGAGUCAAUUGAUGUGGCGUGUCUUCUUUACCUCUGCUGUUGUUGCUGUUGUUGUUCGUUCAGCAAUGGGUUGGUGCAAGAGUGGAAAGUGUGGUCAUUUUGGCUCUGGAGGCUUUAUUAUCUGGGACAUUUCUGGAGGUCAAGAUGACUAUUCUGUUGAGGAAUUGCUUCCCAUGGCCAUUAUUGGUAUUAUUGGGGGCCUUCUAGGAGCAUUAUUCAAUCAACUUACUCUAUUUAUAACUCAAUGGCGUCGGAACAAUUUGCACAAAAAAGGGACUCGUGUAAAAAUUAUUGAAGUCUGUAUCAUCUCUGUGAUAACUUCAGUUGUUUCAUUUGGACUGCCAUUGUUUAAAAGAUGCACUCCCUGUCCCGAUUUUGAUGCCAAUGCAAGUAUUGAAUGUCCACGUGCGCCGGGAAUGUAUGGAAAUUAUGUAAAUUUCUAUUGUCAGAACAAGAAGGAAUAUAAUGACCUUGCCACGUUAUUCUUCAACACUCAGGAUGAUGCUAUAAGAAACUUAUUUAGUGCAAACACAGUCCACGAAUUCAGUGCCCAAAGCCUUCUUACUUAUCUGGUGAUGUUUUACACCUUAGCAGUGGUGACUUUUGGUACUGCUGUUCCAGCUGGUCAAUUUGUUCCUGGAAUAAUGAUAGGUUCAACUUAUGGGCGUCUGGUUGGCAUGUUUGUUGUUAGAUUUUACAGGAAACUUGAUAUUGAAGAAGGAACGUAUGCUCUGUUGGGUGCAGCAUCUUUUCUAGGAGGAUCUAUGCGGAUGACCGUGUCUCUUUGUGUCAUAAUGGUCGAAAUUUCAAACAAUUUGAAGUUUUUGCCUCUCAUCAUGCUUGUUCUUCUCAUCUCAAAGGCUGUUGGUGAUGCUUUCAAUGAAGGAAUUUAUGAAGAACAGGCUAGAUUAAGAGGCAUUCCAUUACUUGAGUCGAGACCAAAGCAUCAAAUGCGCUACAUGACAGCAAAGGAGGCAUCGAGGAAUCAAAAGGUUGUCUACUUUCCGCGUAUUGUGGAGGUGAAAGAUAUUGUUUCGAUCUUGCGGAGUAAUAACCAUAAUGGCUUCCCUGUUAUUGAUCAUACUAGGAAUGGGGAGACACUAGUUAUUGGACUCAUACUACGAAGUCAUUUGUUGGUACUUCUUCAAUCGAAAGUUGAUUUUCAACAUAACCCUUUGCCCUGUAAUGUAGGAGAUGGUUCUUUACCAAUUAGGCACAAUCUCAGUGAGUUCGUGAAACCCAUAUCUAGUAAAGGAUUAUCUAUAGAUGAUAUUCAUCUCACUCAGGAUGAUAUGGGAAUGUUCAUUGACCUAGCUCCUUUUAUAAACCCUUCUCCAUACAUUGUUCCUGAGGACAUGUCCUUAACUAAGGUUUAUAAUCUGUUUCGCCAAUUGGGACUACGACAUAUACUUGUUGUUCCACGUGCUUCUCGUGUCGUUGGUUUGAUUACGCGUAAAGAUCUGCUACUGGAGGAUAAUGAAGAUUCAGCCCCUGUAGAGCUGCAUCCCACUAGUGUAAGAGGUUGGCAAGCUAAUAAGAGACUGAUGACUGGGAAUGAAGAUGUUGGGCAACCACUACUCAAUGGGCUCAUUUAAACUGUAGUUAUCUCAACCGAUUUUCACCUAGACGGCUAGACCGGUUUCGCCCAUCUCCCUCAAAUUUUUGGGCGUGAGAAAUCUUGUUUCCUAUUUUAGGGCGGCCAUGACUUCACAUAGGUUAUACAUGUGAACGCUGUACAGUAAACUCCAUGUUCACCUUAUGUUUAGAGACUCACCCUGCUGAACUCUGAAGUCCUGCCACCAAUAUUUUCUAUUAAUGUCAACUAAAUUUUGUUGUUUCGAUAUGAGUACACCAUUUGUUUUAGUUUAGGGACCGAUGUUCCGAGCAAUCUAUUUAUUAAAUGUGCUUAUUUAUUGUUCACUCUGCAUGCCAAGUGCUCC